ACACAGAAGCAGGUAUAGAAGAGGAAAACAAAGCUCAGGAUAUCUUUGUUUUGGAAGAUCAGGUGGAUUAAACUGCUUUUUGACAGAUAUUCAAGGGAAAAGAUGGAGAAACUUUCAGAGGAGGGGCAGCAAGAAGUCCAGCAGAAUUGGGUGAAAAAGCUGUUUGAUGUUCGCCCUGAGCUUGUGAAGAGGGUUUCUUUAGAAGUCCUCAUUCAGCUCCUUGAUGGCCUUCGAACAGAUUGUGUUUUUAAUACUUUGGAGAAACAGGGAAUACUUGAAGAGAACGCAGCCACAGCAAACAAGGCCCGCUGCAUUAUAGAUGAUGUGAUAAAGAAAGGAGAGGAGGCCUGCAGAAAGAUGAUCCAACGUCUUCAGCUCAUAGAUCCUACACUAUCAUAUCAGCUGGGUUUGUCCUCUUAUUCUUCUGUUCAGCCACAUGUCAAUGAUCAAUGUCACCAUGACCUUAAAGUGUCUCUGAAGUCAAAGUUUGAAUGUGUCUAUGAAGGCAUUGCUAAAGCUGGAGAGAAAACCUUUAUGGAUAAAAUCUACACAGAGCUCUACAUCACAAAGGGAAAGACUACAAACGUCAAUGAUGAACAUGAGUUGAAUGUUCUAAAAGAGGAAAAGUUCAGCCUAGUGGGACUGAUUCAUAAACACUUUAAGCCGGUUAGGGAUGCAGGGAUUUGCAGCUUUGAACAAUUCCAGAUUCUGUUCAUCUUAGACGGUCUCGAUGAGAGUCGACUUCUUCUGGACUUCAAGAACAACGUGACUCUGAAUGAUGUGACAGAGUCAACCUCAGUGGAUGUUCUGCUGACUAACCUCAUCAGGGGGGAACUGCUUCCCUCGGCUCUCCUCUGGAUAACCACGCGACCUGCAGCAGCCAGUCAGAUCCCUCCUGAGUGUGUUGGCAUGGUGACAGAGGUCAGAGGUUUCACUGACACACAGAAGGAGGAGUACUUCAGGAAGAGGUGCAAAGAUGAAGAGAAAGUCAGGCGGAUCAUCUCCCAUGUCAAGACAUUAAAAAGUCUCUUCAUUAUGUGUCACAUCCCAGUCUUCUGCUGGAUCACUGCAGAUGUUCUGGAGGGUAUGUUGGAGACCAGAGAUGGAGGAGAUCUGCCCAAGACCCUGACUGGGAUGUACAUCCGCUUCUUGAUGAUUCAGAGUAAAAAGAAGGAAGAAAAGUAUCUAAGAGAAGAUGCUGGAGAAGAUGCAGAUAUCAGGAAGAUGGUUCAGAAUCUUGGAAAACUGGCAUUUAAGCAUCUGCUGAAAGGAAACCUGAUCUUCUAUAAACAAGACCUGAAAAAGUGUGGCAUCAACAUCAAAGAUGCUUCCUGGUUCUCAGGAGUGUUUACUGAGAUCUUUAAAGAGGAGAGAGGGAUGGACGACACCUCAGUCUACUGCUUUGUUCAUCUGAGCUUCCAGGAGUUUCUGGCUGCAGUCUACUUGUUCCAAUGUUUCACCAGUAGGAACACUAAAGUACUCAGGAACUUCUUCGGUUUUUUCUACAUUUGCUCGUCUCUGGAGGAUUUCCUGAAGAGAGUCAUGGAGAAAUCCCUCAGCAGUAAAAAUGGCCACCUGGACCUGUUAGCUCGCUUCCUUCAUGGCCUCUCAGUGGAGUCCAACCAGAGCCUCUUAGGAGGCCUGCUGGGUUGGAGAAAAAACAGUGCAGGAACAAUCAAGAGAGUCAUUAGCAAUCUGACAAAGAUGAACACUGAUGAUGAUAUCUCUCCUGAUAGAAGCAUCAACAUCUUCCACUGUCGUCUGGAGAUGCAGGAACUCUCACUUUGUCAUGAGCUCCAGCAGUUAUUGAAAUCAGGCAAGGAGCUCUCAGAGAUCCAGUGCUCAGCUCUGGCCUACAUGCUGCAAAUGUCAGAUGAGGUAUUGGAUGAGUUGGACCUGAAGAAGUACAACGCAUCAGAUGAUGGACGACGUAGACUGGUUCCAGCUGUGAAGAACUGCAGAAAGGCUCGACUUGGUGGCUGUUACCUCUCUGAAACUGAAUGUGAAGUUGUGGCCUCAGCUCUGAAGUCCAACCUUCAUCUGACUGAAGUGGAAAUAGAGAAGAUCUAUGCACGAGGAUCCUUAGAUGACGGUGGAAUUAAGCAGCUGUGUGAGAUACUGGAGAGUUCAGUCUGCAAAGUGAAGAGCCUGUCAUUGUUUGACUGCAAAAUGUCAGAGAUCAGUUGGGCUUCUCUGGGCUCAGCUCUGAAGUCUAAAGCAUCACAUCUGACAGAGCUGGACCUAAGUGGAACUGAUCUGAACCCUGGAAUGAAUGAGCUCAGUGGGUUUCUCCAGUCUCCCAUCUGCAAACUACAGACCUUGAGAUUGUUUGACUGCAAAUUCUCAGACAGAAGCUGGGCUUUUCUAGGCUCAGCUCUGAAGUCUAAUCCAUCACAUCUGACAGAACUGGACCUGUGCAGAACCAACCUGAACAUUGGAAUGCAGGAGCUCAGAGGGUUCCUCCUAUCUCCCCUCUGCAAAAUACAGACACUACGAUUGGAGGGCUGCCGUUUGUAUGAAACCGAAUUAGCUUCUCUGGGCUCAGCUCUGAAGACUAAUCCAUCCCAUCUAACAGAACUGGACCUGAGUGGAACCUACCUGAACACUCGAAUGAAGGAGCUCAGGGGGUUUCUCCGCUCUCCCCUCUGCAAACUGCAGACACUGAAAUUGAUUGGCUGCCAAUUGACAGAGAUCGGCUGUGCUUGCCUGGUCUCAUUUCUAAAAUCAAACCCCUCACAUCUGGAAUACCUUGACCUGAGUAAGAACAACCUGAAGCAGUCAGAUGUUCAGCAGCUGCAGGAUCUGGUAGAGAGUCCAGACUACAAACUGAAGACUCUGUUGUGGAGCUGGUUAUCCUAGUAGAAGAGAGAAGCUGAUCUGUGUCCUGUUGAUCCACAGACGUUGAAGCUGAAGCAGUUUGAGUUUAGAGACUCUAACUGGAUCCUGAUGAUGAACUCUGAGUUUCCAGAUUUUUCUGUUCUUAUUUUGAUCCUGUCUGUCAUAUAGGUGUUGAUAUUGUUUUUCUCUUUGGAACAAUGAAGAUAAAAUUCAAACUAAGCUCCUCCAGUUAGUGGCUUCAUGUAGGUUUGAUCUGAAUCUGAUCAAACUGUAACUGGGUUGACCUUUUUACUCUCUAAUUCAUCUUCAGCCUAUAAUGCAGACAUCUGAA